AUGAACACAGCAAUGGACGCAAUUUUUUUUCUUCCCUCGCUUAUGUUCGGUUUAAGUUUACUUCGUGCUUCUUUCGCCAGAUGUCCGCCGUCUGAGUACAAUGCCCCGAAUGGUACUGUUCACCAUUCAGGCUUCACUGAUGACAACAACCUUACUUGUGCCUUCAAUAUACGAGUUCCAGUCGGCUUAAGAGCUGUUCUCGAAAUUAAGAAACUGAAAGUAAUGGGAAGGAUGCCGAACUGUGAAAACGGUUCUUUAGAAAUAAGAGUGGGAUGCAGUGGAGAGUCCUUAUCUCUUGGAAAGUUUUGCUCUUGCUCAGAGUUGGUCAUACCUGAGAAAAUCUAUUCCUUGGACCAAUGCAUUACUGUUGUUUUUAGACCUUAUGGGUCAGUUCCGGGUGAAGAGUUUGAAGCAUACUAUACAUCUAUGGAUAAUACCACAGAACUGGAUCCCACCUCAAACUGCAGCAAAAAGUUUUUGGGUCAAGGAAGUGGAACAUUGUUUACUCCCAAGUGGCCGUUGACUUACAUUCAAAAUGCUUAUUGUGAAUGGAGUAUUUCAGUUCCACAAGGGAAGGCAAUUCGCUUGUUUUAUACAAGCUUUAAAUUGGGUGGAUAUGCUUUGUGUGACCCAGAUAGGAAAGAUAUUGAAGAUGAGAUACGCAUCACUGGUACAAGCACAAAAGACCAACCCAUAAAUAUUGUGAGAAGACUUUGCUCUCAUACCCCUAAGGUUCCAGAAAUUUAUACAUCAGAGCAUUUGAAGAGUGUGCGCAUCACGUUUAAGUCAGAUGGUUCGACAAAUUUCAUAUCUGAUGAGAGUGGAGUUGUUAUUGGUUACGCUACUUUCAAAACAGAGACAAGAUCACAAGCUGAAUGCCUGGGCCUUCUAAAUUCAACAACUAAACCUACACCAACUAAACCUGCAACAACUCAACUCAAUUCUACAGGAAGCAAGCUGUUGGCAAAUUUCUUCUCUGUGGUCAUUUGGACCAUGGCCACCUUGGUAUUUUGAUUAACUCUUUGAUUUAUUUUGAUUAACUCCCAAAAGUGAUUAGCAUGAAACUUCACCCCAUACUAUCUACACAUUUUCCAGGAACAGGUGUUAAGAAUACUCAAACUUAUCAGAUAGAAAUUGUUAUCUUGAUCUAACACCAAAUUCCUCUAUCUGAUUUACAUGGAAAUGUGUAGGAGGUAGAGGGGAGAAUUAAAAUUCAGAUAUUGGGAGUUUAAGGGUGAAAGCAGGUUUUUAAAUAUUAUUAUUAAUUAAAUAUUAUGCUGUUAGAGAUAGCAGAAUGUUAUAAGUAUGGUGAAUUUCACUCAAAGGUGCCAAGGAUUUGUAUAUUUUUAUAUUUGAGUAGGUCUUCUUGAUCAAAGGUGGUCUUAAAAAGAAAAACUAAAUGACUUUUUAUUUAGCAAAGUUGUGUUCUGAGAAUGAUAUUGCUUGAGAGGCAUUACAUGUGUAUUAAUUUGUUCUCAGUAGGAUUUGUAUUUGAAAAAAUUAGGAAAAUAAGGAUUAACAAAAAGGAGAGAAACUCUUGAUUUAUGGUAGAGGUGGAAAAUGCCACAGAAGGUUAUUUAUUUGAUCAUUAAAACUUAACUAUCUACUUUGUCUUUUAAUAGUGGCAUUUUUCUUUAGGUUAAAGCCAAUGAUUAAAUUGUUUUACCCUGUGUAGCUGGUAAUUAGCAGUUUGAAAUUAAAUUCAUCCAAUUUUGGAGGGGGAAAAUAUGAGUUUUGGAAACAAAGGUUGCAAGGUUGCAAAAUUUGCUUCUUUGUCUUUCAUUUUCUUGCAAUUUGAUUGGUUAUUUUAAACAAGCCUUGAAAUCUGAUUGGUUGUUUUGUUUUUAGUGUAGCCUCCUCAUUGGCUGGGAAAAAUGGUGCAAUUCAUGAAUAAAUCGCACCAAUUAGAGCCAAUCAGAUUACAGGGACCACCAGUGAUUUCAAAAUGGGUUGUAAUAAAUUAGGUAAUCCUCUGAUCCCCUUCCCCCUUUCCUCACCCCAUUCCUCCCUUCCCUCCUUUCUCCCCCCCUCCCCCCUCCCCCUC